UGCUUGCAGGCAGCCCAGGCCGUGCGGCGGUGGAAUGCGAUAUCCCCACUGGACCAAUUGUCACGCUCGCCUGGACAUUCACUACCCUGCUUUGGAGCAUAUUCACAGAACCACGGAAGACAUUCGCAGCACGAGUGCUUCUCUUCCAACCAUUAUGGAUGGUUCGCAUAGUACGCCGUGACCUCACGUGGGUCCAGGAUCUCGCUCUAUUUCUCGCGCUCCACAAUGCAUAUGGCCUUUUCUGCACAAGAUCCUGGUCCCUGCCUUCACUUCAAGCAUUGGAUCUCAGAGAUGAGACUUUACUGCUUUACUUCCAGGUAUUCGCGCUUCUAGGAAUCUGCGGGGGCUUUGCAGGCUCCAUCGUUCUUCGCGGUCAUCAUCUGAAGUCCAAAGACAAGGAGGAGGAGGAGCCAGUCCGGGAGCAACGCAUCGAAGAAUCACUUCUUCCACCACUGCUCAUUCCAAGCCGUACCACGCAUUCCAGACUGUUCCCUCGAAAGCACUCCUUCUCGUAUACUUACCUUCUUGUUGGAGUUCCGGUGGGUCUUCAAGGCCGAGUGGCCAAUGUGUUGUCGAUCGACAGUCAGCGGCCUGCUUGGUUCGAUGUGCGAUCAGCCGAUUUCCUCAACCGCGGAAGUCCUGAGCUUGGACUGGGAGAAAAGCUCAAGCGCUUUUUACACGCACAACGCGUUACCGACAGAGACUAUGCCUUUGCUUAUCUUGUCACGGCGCCACGUUUUCUUGGCUAUAGCUUCAACCCGGUCUCAUUCUGGUACCUCUACGACUCGGAUACACGACUCAAAUACAUGAUCCUGGAAGUCAACAACACAUUCGGCGAACGUCGCAUGUACUUGUUGAAGACAGAGCCAAGCACAGGAGGGGACUCUGCGCGGUCAUUCACAUUCUCCGAUGAGUGGGCAAAAGACUUUCAUGUUUCGCCGUUCAACAGCCGGAAGGGAUCGUACUCUCUGCAAGCAGUAGAUCCACUUGCAGCUUUUGAGCAAAAGGGUCACGUCGAAAUCAACAACACAAUUGUGCUUCGCUCGUCUGGCGAACACGCAAAGAUUGUAGCUCGCGUCUGGUCGGAAGGCAUGCCAGAAGAGCCAAGCAACGUCACAACGAUCGAGCUGGCCAGAUUUAUUCUCGCUUGGUGGUGGGUCGGACUAGCCACUUUUCCGAGAAUCGUAUGGGAAGCACAAAAGCUGUUCUUCAAAAGGAAGCUCCAUGUCUGGUACAGGCCCGAGGUCACCGAGGCAAGCAUAGGUCGAGAUUUCACGAAAGAAGAGACGAUAUUGGAACAGUUCUUCCGCUCCUUCCUGACCAGCGCAGUUGAGAAUGGCGACAAGCCUCUACGCGUGAUCUACGAAGCGCCGCACAAUAGUGGAGAAGAGAUCGUCCUGUACUCUCCGGGUUUCACAUACGAGGAGGAUCAUUCGACAACAAUGACUUUGAAAGUGCUUUCACCCGCAUUUUACAGUCGCUUCAUUCAUUACGCGCAUGCUGCAGAGGCUUUCGAUCGCGAAUGUCUUGGAACCGAUGACAAGAAUCGAACCAUUGUCAUUGAUGGCGCUCAAGGACUGCCCACUCUACUCGACUGCAUGAAGCACACAGACCGACAUAAAGCAAAAUCUACUCGCAGAAAGGGUGUCCUUCACGAUUUGCGUUGGAAUAUCCUUCGCCGACUACGAUGUCCUCCUGCUGUAGCCAGCUAUCCGACCGACGAGAGCAGACUCGAUGUUGAGUACAGCACACAUGACAGUCGAUCCUUCAAAUUCUCGGAAUGCGAUCGCUUCAUCCAGACGGCACAUAAGGAUAGCAGCCUUUACUGGAAGACAGUCGUCAAAUUAUUCAUCGCAGAGCGCAUAACCUUCGGCAUACCACUCCUCGUCGCCGUCUUCGACUGGACGGUUCGCAUAACCAUGAUACUAUCAGCCAUGAUCUACUGCGACAACUUCCCAGUCUGGGACAUACUUCGCGCUCGUCCAUUCCACAAAUCCGACAUCCCCACCAGCAGCAUCGCUCUCGUCUUAGCAAACAGUGUACAUAUCUGGAGCAGUCUCAAGGGUUGAAUUCGCAGAAGAAAUCCAGAAAGCAAAGCAUAGCAUAGAAAUCGCAAAUCAUAAUCUACUUACAACU